AUGCUCCCUCACUUUGGAGAAUAUGUUGCUUUCAAGCUCGACCCAGUCGCGUCCCUCAAAGCGCUCGAUGAUCCUGAGGUCGCCAAAGCUUGCGAAGCUCUAGAAAGCAAGACAUACGUUUCCUGUGUAACCUACCUUCUCUCAUUUCCUUUCCCUGGUGUCAAAUACGUCUCAGUAUCGAUGACUCUUCUUUCAAAAGGCCUUCCCAAUGCUGAUCCUGAUCGCUUCAUCACGUCGGAUAUGUCUGUACCAGUCUUACCAAAUACCUCGAGCUCUGACUCGCAGUCGCGACCACCUCUGGAGCUAUCCACAUCUCUUCCUUGGCCUGACUGCUACCACCCAACCCAGGCAAGGGUGAAAUGUCGCCUUCCUCAGUCUGCUACGGAUGUCGACGUUGCGCUAAAUCAAUCAGACGAAGGCAAGGCGUCUUCGGCUACCUUGCCUCUCUCUGAGCACGAUGCAGAAAGCGAGGACUGCCGUCCCCUCAGUGAAUGCUCUCGUUCAGCAUCUGAUGCCGGCAGUGAACAUUCUCGCCCCGCCAACGAGGCUGAGAGUCAGUACGCUCAAUAUGCAGGCGGUGCUGAAACUGGGUAUUCGCAUUCAAUCAGCGAAGCCAGCGAGGGUCAUGCCCCCGCAGCAACGCCUGCUUCUUCCUCCUUCUUUCGAUCGCUAUUUGAGAAGCUGCUUCCUUGUUUACCGUGUCUUCGAGUAGACUUCCAUGACGAUGACGACGAAGUAGCAUCGAUUUCUCCUUCGGACCCAGUUUGGUCCCACCCCAUAUUCGGCGCAUGUCCUCCGGAUACCUUGCCUGUCAUGGUCGUAUUGGGCGAUCUCGAGUCACUAAAAGCAGAGCAGAUCAAUGAUCCGUGGGAUUUCUUUGGGGAAAUUGAUGCUUUGAAAAAAAUCGAGGAAGGUUUCAAGGAGCGAAUGAAGGCAAAAACCUGA